AUGACAACCUCGAUCGAAUCGGCUGGUCAAGUGGCUACCGCGAUUCGCUCUGCGCUAGCCCACGUUGAUGUCGAAACGAAGAGUUUGGAAGCGAAGAUGGCUGAGUGGGCCGAGCUCGAAGCCCGGGUGCAGGCGAAUAUCAACAACCAUCCGAAUAUUGUCUCGUUGAACGUGGGCGGGACGACGUUCGAAACGUCCAAACAAACCCUCUUGCGUGGACAAGACACGUACUUUCACGCGUUGCUCGGGUCUGGACAGUGGACACCCGACGGCGACGCGGCGUACUUCUUGGACCUGGACCCGCAUCUGUUUCGCCGUGUGCUGACGUUUCUCCGCACUGGAAAGGAAGUGUCGAUGGAGGGGUUGACCAACGACGAGCGGGACGAGCUGGCGUCCAUGUUGGAGUAUCUCAAGCUGGAGAAGCGUCCGCAGCCUUUGCCCGUUCCGAUCGUGAAGCCUGUAGAAUGGGACUGUCAAACGCACUCCCCGGGCAUGGAGUUGACGAAUCAAGGGAAAUCGAUUCAAGGAUGUGCGAGUGUGUCAAAGUGGCAGUGUGCCGCCGCCACCAACCCGCUCACGGGCACGUUCAGAGUCCGCGUGGACAGUACCCGUGGCGAGUUUCGCAUCGCCCUGUCCCCCCCCGGAAUCGACGUCUCGUGCACGACUUCAACGAUCAAGUGCUACAUGUACGCGUCCAACGGGGUCGUGUUCAAUAGGAACAACCAAGUCGCGAUUGUGUCUGCGUUGAAGGCGGGCGACGUGGUGACGAUGCAGCGCGGUCCAUCGCGGGUGAACUUUUCCCUGAACGAUGGAAAUAUAAUAGCGGUGAUGUUUGUGGACUCCCCGUCGGGGAUGUUGUUUCCCGUGGUGUUCAUGCGUGGACAAUCGAAAUUUACGAUUCUGGACUAA